AUGAAGACCGUUUUCGCCCUCCUUGCCUCGGCUGCGUUGGCCAAUGCCCAUUUUACCAUGCAGUACAUCUGGGACAAUGGGGUUGAUCAAGGACUGGACAACUACCUUCGUGUCCCACCCAACAACAACCCCGUCACGGACGUCACCUCCAAAGACUUGACCUGCAACGUCAACGGUCUAUCUGGUGCCUCAGUCGCCACAUUAAGCAUCCCUGCCGGUCGCAACAUCACCUUUGAAUGGCACCAGCACGCCCAACGAACAGGCGAAGACCCCAUCUCCGGCGGCCACAGAGGGCCCGUCCAGGUCUACGUCGCGAAGGCUCCAUCAACAGCCGCCAGCUUUGACGGGCAGGGUGCAGUAUGGACCAAGAUUUACUCGUCUGGCCUGCUGAACCCAAGCUCGAUGCUAUGGGCUACCGACAUCGUCAACUCGAACGGUGGCAAACACAGCGUCGUCAUUCCUGCCUCGCUGCCUGCUGGAGAGUACCUCCUCCGUGCUGAGAUCAUUGCCCUCCACACCUCUCAAACCUACCCCGGAGCCCAGUUCUACAUUGGCUGCGCCCAAGUCAAGAUCACGAGCGGAGGCAAUGCGAACCCACCCAAGAUCUCCAUCCCAGGGGCCUACCAGGGUUCUGACCCCGGUAUCACCGUCAACAUCUACAACAACCUCCAGAGCUAUACUGCCCCUGGCGGACCUGUCUGGUCAGGUUGA